AUGCCUAUGCCUCCCGAGGACAGUUUUCUGCCUCCGCCAUUGCCGGGUCGGAUCAUUAUCUGUCUUAUUGUGUGCUACUCUCUAAUUAUGUUACUCUCUGUGUUGUUCAACAUGGUCGUCAUUGUGGUCAUCGCUGGCAGCAGAGGGAAGCGAUCCGUCACUGACAUGUUCAUUCUUUCUCUGGCUGUUAGCGAUCUCAUGGUCUCCACAAUAAACAUGCCCUUCCAGCUAUACUAUUAUGUGGUCAAUGUGUGGAACAUUGGAGUGCUUUUAUGUAAACUGUCUAAAUACCUUCAAGCGGUGACCAUCGUUUCUACAGUGAUGACACUCACGGCGAUAGCUAUUGACAGAUUUGUGGCCAUAUGCAAUCCUCUUGGUGCCAGGAAAUUCCACACCCGACGAUCGGCUAUGUAUGCCCUGCUAGCCGUCUGGUUCCUCUCACUUGUUGCCGUGUCGCCACAGCUUGUCGUCCAGAGGCUCGAUAUUAGGAUUGUUCGAGAUGAAACUUUUGACAUUGCCUUUAUUUGUGCGGAGUUUUUCCCGAGAGGAGAGCGGGAUGAUUAUCUGUAUAGUAUCAUAAUCUUCGUUGUGCUUUACACUCUUCCACUUCUGGCUAUGUUUCUUUGUUACGGAGCCAUUGCUCAUCGGUUAUGGAUUCGGAAACCCAUCGGUGACAUCCUGGCAAAUCCACAAGGUUAUGGUCGUCAGAUCAACCAGAGGAAGAAGAUAAUAAAAAUGCUGAUAACGAUAGUUCUCGCGUUCACUGUUCUCUGGUUUCCCUUCUUCACUGUAUCGUUGUAUUAUGAUCUGCAGCUACAUCAGAACGACGUGUCUUACCGAACAGUCAUGGCCAUCUUACAGCUUGUGGGAUACAGCAACUCUUGUAUCAAUCCAAUUAUCUACACGUUUCUGAACAACAAGUUCCAGAGGGACUUUGUGGUGAUGUGUUCUUCCAGACCCAAGCGCCUGCGUGUCUGCUGUACUGAACAGAACAUAACAAUCAAGCAAACGCUCACCCCUGUUGUGGCGACGACAAGUGUCACUAUAUGA